AUGGAUAUGAAAUCCAAGAUUAAAGAGCUGCUCCUUGUGACCCCUCAUACGCCCACUGUGACUCGCAAAAGAAAGGUCAUACCAUCGCCAGAGCGAUCAUCCCCUACCAAAAGCUGCAUUUUAUCGCCUGAUGCGGUGUUUACGGGAAAUAAAGUCCUCCGCUUGGGCGACAAGUGCAAAUCCAAAGUUGACGAUGCCUUCAAGUUGGUCUUCGAUUUCUUCAAUGAAAAUCAAAUCUCCAUUACGGACGUUCAGUACUGGGGCAAGUUCUUUGUCAUUGUCCUAGAGGACGAGGAAACAGAUCUUACUAAAGUCCCCUGUGAUGUCGGCUGCUGCAACUGUUUCUAUCUGUUUGAGAAUGAGGUAGGACGCCCACAAUAG